AAUAAAUGCUAUAUAUACGUGCAUUAGUGUGUUUGUUGGAUGAUGCAUAAGGAUGACAAGUAAAUAAACACGUUCGCUCGCCAAGUAACAACCUACUCACAGCGCAGCAACAACAGCAGAAUUAAAACAAAAACUAAAAAUACGUUUUCCAAUCAUUGGAGGCGGCUGAUUCGGCUAACUUACAAAAGCCAGUUGCAGUAAAGCAAAAAAAAAAAACACAAAACAAUCAGCAACAACAGCAGCGCUCACAAAGUGACAGCGCAGAGAAGCAGACACAGGAAAUAGACAAUAAUUAAAUAUUCCAAGUGCGUGCUGGGCAAAGAGACAAACAAGAGUCAGAGCUAAACCAAUAUUGGGACUCGACUCGACUCGACUGUAAUAAAAUAUAAUAGGAGCGAUAAACAGUUGCUGAGGGAGGAUGGCCACUGGCCACAGCAGCAACAUCAGCAGCGAUAUGCCCGAUCAUCGCAAGCGGAACACCUUUACCAGCUACGUGGCGCCAAUGGUGGGGGAUAUACGCGUCACUGCGGAUACGAACGAAUGGUGCCUGCCCAGCGAUUUGCGUGAUGUGCAUUUGGCCAAGCCUCGUCUACUGUCGGGGGAGCAAAUUGUUGCCAGUGCACCCGCCUACAUGUACUCACCCAUUGCACCCAUGGAGGAGAGCAGCAACAGCAGCAGCAGCGGCGGCGGCGGCGGUGGCGGCAGCAGCAGCAGCACCUUCACUGGCGGUGGCAACAGCAACAAUAGUUAUAACACUAACAGUAGCAAUGGCAACAAUAGCAACAAUGGCAGUCGAUCCACCUACAAAGAUUCCACGUUUGGCCUGCUGAGUGUUACCAAUUUCAAGUUGGCCUUUGUGCCGUUGCAUGCGAGAUCAACAUUGUCUACGGUGGCCAGUGAUCUCUAUCAAGAGAAUGCAUAUCUUGGACGCAACGAGAUCACACUGAAUAACAUCGAUCAGAUCUAUACGAUUGCGGAGCAGGGACGUGCAGCGAGUGCCCUGCAAGCGGCACGGAUGGCCAGCAGUCGACGCAAGAAACUGGAGCCAGCCAAGCAGCAUAAUAUCAAUGGCCGCAUUGUUGCGCUGCAUAUAAUCUGUGCAAAUUUCCGUCUGCUCAAGUUUGCGUUUCAGCAACAGGACUCCAAGUUGAGUGACUAUGGUAAACUAAUUGCCUCCGCUCUGGCCCGCUUCGCCUAUCCGAUGCGGCAUGAUCUGAGCUUUGCCUAUGCCUAUCGGGAGCCCUACUAUUCCACAUUAACCGGCGUCAGCAUGUACGCCAGCAAGAAUGACUGGGCGAGGGAGCUGAUUCGAUGCGGUGCCACCGAAUGGCAAGUGAUUAGUGCUAGCAGUGUUCCUCAACUCCAGAAUCGGCUGCAAUCUUGCAAAUAUCAACUGCCACCGCACUUUGUCAUCCCCAAGUGCUGUGAUGUGGAGCGUUUCCUACAGCUUUCGCUGGCAUUUUGCGACUCGCGUGCGGCCUUUUGGGUAUAUAGUUAUGGGAGUGGUGCCGCCUCCCUUGUGCGUCUGGCAGAGUUGCAGCCGGCGUCACAGCAGGAUACCAAAAUGGAGAACAUUAUGUUGGAGCUGGUGCGCAAGUGUGAUGAGCGUAAGCAAUUGAAGUUGCUCCAAUUAACAGAUGAGCUGCCCAGUACACAGGAUGUGCAGCGGGCCUAUCAAAAGUUGAGGCGUCUCUGCACCCCAGAGUCACCGGAGAAGUUUAUGAUGCAGGACGACAAGUACCUGGGACUGCUGGAGAAGACCAAUUGGCUGUUUUAUGUGUCGCUCUGUUUGCGCAAUGCCUCCGAGGCAGCGGCCACAUUGCGUGCGAACAUCACUUGCGUUCUGCAGGAGUCCAAUGGUCGCGAUCUGUGCUGUGUCAUUAGCAGCCUCACGCAACUCCUUCUCGAUCCGCAUUUUCGCACCAUCGAUGGAUUUCAGUCACUGGUGCAGAAGGAUUGGGUUGCGUUGGAGCAUCCGUUUCAGCGUCGAUUGGGUCAUGUCUAUGUGUCUCGAGGCGGUACCGAGCAGGCACCGGAUAGCGAACAGAGCCCCGUCUUUCUGCUCUAUCUGGACUGCGUGUGGCAGUUGCUGCAACAGUUUCCCGACGAGUUUGAAUUCUCGCAAACGUAUCUCACGACGCUGUGGGAUGCGUGCUUUAUGCCCAUCUUUGAUACGUUCCAAUUUGACAGUCAGGCCCAGCGGACGCGUGCCGUCAACGAGGGACGACUCGUGCUGCGCCCCGUGUGGGAUUGGGGCGAACAGUUCUCCGACAAAGACAAGAUGUUCUUCAGCAACCCGUUGUAUCAGCGACAGCGUGGCGAUCUCGGCACCGCACAAAAUUAUCGACGCUCCCUCGCAGUGGGUCAAAGUAAGAUGAGCCAGUUGCCAACGCAGGUGCAAGCGCUGGGGCAAUCUUCACCCUCUCGUUACACCAUCAAUCCGCAGCUGUUUGCAACGCAAUCGACGGUGCCACAGGAUCGCUAUCUGCAGCCGCGGCAUCGAAUUAUUGAUCUGGCUGUGUGGGAUCAGUGCUAUUAUCGCUGGUUGCCCGUCUUGGAUAUUCGCGGUGGUGGUCAGCCACAGGUGGAUCUCUUUCAUCGCCUGCUGCUGAGUAACAUUGCGAAAAUGCAGCGCUGCAUCGAGUUACAAAGUCUUGAGGAGUUGCCCGAUGCCUUCUACGAGGCGAUCGGUGAGACGAGACCCAAACAGCAGCAGGAGGAGCCCGUUGAGUAUGUGGACGGUGUGGAAAGACGACGCAAAUCGCUGCCAACUACUGCAUCGGGUGGCGGAUCUUCGGCAAAUGGUUUGGCUGUGGUGAAUGGUGGCCCCUUGCAGCUAUCGACGCUAUCAUCGUUCUUUCCUUUUGGCAGUCCUAUUGCUGGCGAUGCGCCACAUGAGCUCUACGACAUAUUAUUGAGCAGCAGCACUGAGUUGCUGCUGGACACCUCUUCCUUUCUGGACAAAUCAUCCAUUGUAUGAGACGCGCUGCAAGCGUGCGCAAAUUCAAGCUGCUCGCUACUUUUGCUACACGUUGUUAAAUGCGCUACUCGUUACUCGUUACUGGUAUUCGUCAUCGUCGUAGUCGUUGUCGAGUGUUCCAAUCUUCGCUACAACUGCUGGUUUAUUUUAGAAAGUAUUACAAAUUAUAUAUUUUUUUUUAUAUAUACAUAUAAAUAUUUUUAUAUAUAUGGCAUAUCGCGUUUAACACACUUUUUAUUAUUGUUUACUAAUAGGGCAACUUGUCUAUCGCAUAAGUACUUUUUUGUUUAUUUGAUGUUAUGUAUACAGCUAUUUUUGAUGAUAAAAUGAACAACUUAUUACCUACAAAAUAGGAAAGCAACAAAACAACAAUAAUUAUUGUAAUAGUUAACAAUCAAAACGAAGAAAUUAAACAAAUGUUAUGUGCAAGCAAUUUUUAAAUACUACAUACAUGUAUGUAAACAAAUCAAAAACAAAAGAAGAGAAAAACACCAACUAAAUCAAACAUGUAUUAUAUUCUUAUAUUGUAAUAUUUAAACAACAAAAUAAAUUAAAAAAUGUA